AUGCUGCACUCAACUGUAACCUCCACCUUGAUCCUUUCCCUCUCCCUGCUCUCAGCAGCAUCCCCCAUCCCCUGGCUCGCAGCCCGGGGCACAUCCGUCACGGAAGCCCAGAUCCUGAAGUUCGCCCCCUCCUCCAACUCCUGCGCCAAUCCACCCGCGGAAGGCGAGUGUGCCACCGCCAAAACGGCAGCCAAGUAUGCCUCACAGUCUUUCCAGACGUACAAGGUCUCUUCGAAAGCCGAACAAGCUGCCAUCCUCAGUCUUAUGGCCUUCGAAAGUGAUGACUUCAAGUACAACAAGAACCACUUCCCCGGCACGCCGGGACAAGGCACCCGCAAUAUGCAAUCCCCUGCUUUCAACAAGAAAUAUGCCUCCAGCAUCCCCGCUCUCAGCUCCAAGAUCGCACAAGUCGCCAACGAUCCCGCCGCACUGCUAGAUCUGCUGCGUGACAACGAGACCUACGACUUUGGCUCGGGCGCUUGGUUCCUGACGACGCAGUGCUCGGCCAAUGUGCGUUCUGCGCUGCAGACGGGCUCUGAGAGCGGGUGGCAGCAGUAUAUUAGUGACUGCGUAGGCACAUCUGUUACCGAUGAGCGGAAGGCGUACUGGGAGAAGGCUGUUGAUGCGCUGGGUGUCAAGGUGUAA